GCGAUUUCAUAUGGGAAAGUUCGGGAUGCUUUUCGCACCAGAGGGUGUGCAUCCUGCCCAUAUAGCCACGUCUAGAUGGUUCACUUGCUUCGUAACAAGUGAGCAGGUCAGCCUUAAGUGCCUUCGUCCAUUGAAAGCGCUGAAGACGACUGUUUUGUGUGCUCGCUCGACUUUCUUGAGAAGUGCCUUGAGAUGGCUCUUCGUCGUCAGCGGCACGUCUAGUCUCCGGGACUAGCCUGGGAUCCAAAGCCAAAUUUGAUUGCUCUCCCUCAUAUCCGUGAGAGCUACCCCCUAUAGGUAAGGUAGAAGCGUCACCUGCAGGGGGGCGGGGUGGGUCCGUGCUGACUCAGCGGAGCUAAAUGAGUCAAAUCCAAAAAUGUCAAAUUUGAGAAGUAGAUUUUUCGGUCCUCAGGCGGGUAGUAGUCGACCCAGUCCUACAGAACCCCGCCCCCCUGCAGGUGACGCUUCUACCUUACCUAUAGGGGGUAGCUCUCAUGGAUAUGAGGGAGAGCAAUCAAAUUUGGCUUUGGAUCCCAGGCUAGUCCCGGAGACUAGACGUGCCGCUGACGACGAAGAGCCAUCUCAAGGCACUUCUCAAGAAAGUCGAGCGAGCACACAAAACAGUCGUCUUCAGCGCUUUCAAUGGACGAAGGCACUUAAGGCUGACCUGCUCACUUGCUACGAGGCAAGUGAACCAUCGAGACGUGGCUAUAUGGGCAGGAUGCACACCCUCUGGUGCGAAAAGCAUCCCGAACUUUCCCAUAUGAAAGCGCAACAUCUACGCGAUCAAGUAUCCCGUCUCAAAAAAACCGGAUUUGACAAACCCCGAACAGGAAUUGAGAAACGAUGCAGGACUACGCAAGCGGAAGUAAAUCGAGGGAAUGAGAUAGUGCCGGCUGCUACUGGUGUAGUUCAUUCUACACGUGAGACAUUAGUUGCUGAGACACAGGAUGGAAUAUCUCAGGAUGAGCCAGUAUUAGAGAGUGAGAGAUCUGAUACUGAGACACAGGAUCGGGUAUGUCAAAAUACCCCACCACCACCUGUGUUAGAGGCUUCACCACCUACGCCUCUGAUACCCGGAGAUAUCCCAGCACUACCUGUGUUAACGGCGGAAACAGCCACGCCACUCACUUCGACCACGGAAGCGAACGUAGAGGAAACUCCGAUCCUUCCUGCUGAGCCACCAAACACUCGUUUGGAAGAGCUUAAAGAACGGUUUCAAAAUAUCCUGUUCAUAACCGAUAAUGACCUUUCCAAACGCAAACGUCCAAAGUAUCGCAAAACGUUUGCCAAAGCACAAGACCUUGCUUUAAUCAACCAGAUCGUCGACGAUCAUCUAAAUCACACAAGUAGCCUACUCGAAAUCGAUAGCUCAGUCUAUGCUGCAAUGUGUGCUCUUUCUCCUGCCCCCAAGUCUACUGAGACAGCCGAGGAGAAAACAUGCAAGCGUAUAGAGCAACUUGACUCCAAGUUGACCCCUCUUCGACAGACGGUAUCACGUAUCGAGUGUGUGUUAGAGUACCAGAAAGCUGGUAAACCCUUCACCCCAAAGGUGCGAGCCUUCGCGCGUGAACUCAGGCACCAACACCACACACUAAACAAGGGUAUCCUGCUCACUAUCAAGCAGCGAAACAUUGAAAAGAUACGUGCACUAGCUCUCGCUCGAAAAAAGCUAGUUAAACGCGAGAAGUGUAUUCGAGAGAACAAGAUCUUUGUAUCGAAUCCUUCCCGUUUAUUUGCAAAACCCCCUUCUCUCGUCGAGAAUCCACCUUCGAUAGAGCAAAUCGAUGGCUACUGGCGUGAUUUAUAUGAAAAGUCGACCAGUGUAGAUAAAAAUAUAAGACCAAUCAAACUGUUCGAAAGGUUCUGCAACGCGCGCCUAGCAGAACAAGCGGUCCUAACAUCUGUUACCGCUGAUGAAGUAUCCCUUGCUUUCAAAGGCAAGAAGAAUCAUUCGGCGCCUGGCAUGGAUGCUGUGUCCAACUUCUGGUGGAAACGUUUAACUUCCACACACGCACAUCUUGCUAGGCAUUUUACUUCAUACAUCCUUGGGUUCGGGACCUUUCCAACGUGGUUCGCGGAAGGACGAACAGUUUUGAUUCCCAAGAAAGGAGACCUUUCAGUUCCGAGCAAUUAUCGCCCGAUUACAUGUCUCAAUACCGUGUACAAAGCGUUCACCUCCAUUCUUAAUGAACGCAUACUCACAACCAUAGAACCGGUUUGGCAGAUGAUAUACGAGCAACGCGGCUCCAAACGAGGUAUAUCAGGUUGCAAAGAUAAUCUUCUUGUUGACAGAUGUAUCUGUCAAGACGCUCGUCAGUAUCAGCGCGACCUGAGUAUGGCCUGGAGCAGUCUAUCUCAAGCUCUCAAAGCUGUCCAUCAGUACACGAAGGCUAUUGGCAUGGAAUUCGGACUUGAUAAAUGUGCCGUCAUUCAUUGUAAGAGGGGUCGUGUCCCUGAUUAUGAUGCAGACGUGCAGCUCACAGAUGGAAGCAUCGUGAAACAUCUCGAUGAAGAAGAGCUCUACACAUAUUUGGGUGUCGGUGAAAACCACAUUCAAAGUGUGUCUACUGUCAAAGAAGCUCUUCGCGGCAGCCUCACAUAA